GUUGGAUGAGCUUCAAUUUAAUAGUUAAACUGUGCACUUAGUUUGUUUACUGUAGUAUCCUGGUGUUUAUACAUAGCUUAAGAAUAUCUCAGAGCUUGCUGUUCAGCUGCUGCAUACUGGAAAAGAACUUUAAUGCUCAGAGCUAGAGUAAUCCAGUUCUAAAAGGAACCUGGAUUUUGUGGGAAUAUGUGCUGGCUUGAAGGCCGUUCUGUUCACUGAGGUUUUCUUCACCAGUGGAGUGUGAGAAAUAGAGGCUGAAGAAGAUGAGUGAGCUGGAACAGUUACGGCAGGAGGCAGAGCAGCUGCGAAACCAAAUCAGAGAUGCCAGGAAAGCAUGCAGUGACACAACUCUUGCUCAGAUCACAACAAGUCUGGACUCCGUGGGUCGGAUCCAAAUGCGGACCCGGCGCACGCUCAGAGGUCACUUAGCCAAAAUCUAUGCCAUGCACUGGGGAUCUGACUCAAGGCUACUAGUCAGCGCUUCUCAAGAUGGAAAAUUAAUUAUUUGGGAUAGUUAUACAACAAAUAAGAUGCACGCCAUUCCCUUGAGAUCCUCCUGGGUGAUGACCUGUGCCUACGCUCCCUCUGGGAACUACGUGGCCUGUGGUGGCCUGGACAACAUCUGCUCCAUCUACAACCUGAAAACCAGGGAGGGGAACGUGCGGGUGAGCCGCGAGCUGCCGGGACACACAGGAUACUUGUCCUGUUGUCGCUUCCUAGAUGACAACCAAAUUGUCACUAGCUCGGGAGACACCACUUGCGCUUUGUGGGACAUUGAAACUGGUCAGCAGACCACCACGUUCACUGGGCACACUGGAGAUGUGAUGAGCCUCUCCCUGAGUCCAGACAUGAGGACUUUUGUUUCGGGUGCCUGCGAUGCCUCCUCGAAGCUUUGGGAUAUCCGGGAUGGAAUGUGCAGGCAGUCAUUCACAGGGCACGUGUCGGAUAUUAAUGCAGUUUGUUUUUUCCCUAAUGGACAUGCAUUUGCCACUGGAUCUGAUGAUGCCACUUGCCGGCUCUUCGACCUCCGUGCAGACCAGGAGCUGAUGAUGUAUUCCCACGACAACAUCAUCUGUGGGAUCACCUCUGUCGCCUUCUCCAAGAGCGGGCGCCUCCUGCUCGCGGGUUACGACGACUUCAACUGCAACGUGUGGGACACCCUGAAAGGGGAGAGGGCAGGUGUCCUGGCUGGCCAUGACAACCGUGUCAGCUGUUUAGGUGUCACUGAUGACGGCAUGGCUGUAGCUACAGGGUCUUGGGACAGUUUUCUCAGAAUCUGGAAUUAACUGGGAGCCAAACAUGUACAUUCUCCAUUUGAGAUCUGGAGAGAUCAAUGCUGCAGCCUAUAGCUGUGAAAUAACAUUUCUACCUUGUAUUUGCAGGUGAAGUUUUUCUAUUCACUGAUUAUUACACAAAAAGGCUUUCUGUAAACUAGAAAAAAAAAAUCAAGUGAAGAAAUAGGGGAGGGGGGAAGAAAUCACUGACUUUUUAAAAGGGGCCAGCACACAUAAUCAUGGUGACCGACAAACUAAGAGCCAGUCUUUUUGUUUUUGGUGGUUUGGUUAGAUUGUCCUUGAAGGGUUUUUGCUUGUGCUCAGUCUGCUAAUCCUGUACUUUUUUUUUGUACAUAACAGAAUAUACACAUUAUAGCAGCCAAUCAUGUAACAUUUGUCUGUAUGUAAAGAAAUAUGUUUGCAUUUUUUAAGGAACUACAUUUAUAGCUUUGCUUUUAACCUGAGAUGUCACUUCUGAGUUUUGUAGUGGGUGAACUAGAUUGCUGUUUUCAAUGUUUUUUGUGAAUUUACUGUAGAUAAAGUGAAGCCAAUGGUAUGUAUGUGUUUUUUAUAAUGGAAGGCAUUUGGUUUUGUUUUUUUUUUUAAAGGCCCUGGAGACUCCCAGUUAAUACCUACCGCCUUAUUCACUCACUUCUUGACCUGCUUGCCUAUUUUUAAUCAGGGGGGCUCUUCCUUCAAGCCAGUGGUUCCUGGUUCAUCCAUUGGCAGUCAUGGCCUCCAAACACCAAGGAGUUAAUGCCAGGCAGGCUUGGCAACAACAGCAGAAUUAAUUUGAAAAUAAAAUAAUUCCAGUUCCCGAAGUUUUAGCUUCCUUCCUGCAGCUUUUUGCAUCAGUUAUUCCACGCAGUCCGUGGGUGCAGAAGCCAAGGGGUCACUGCUGCUGUGCAGUGUCGAGUGCUCAGCUCUGGCUGAUCGGGUGGGUUUGGCCCAUCUCAGGCUCCAGCUGAUCUGCACUGACAGGGAUUCAGCUGCUGCUUGGAGUGUGUCUCUGCAGGGCCUGCUCCGUUCCACAGCAGCUGAGAAAUUCAGGAGGACUUUGCUUAAAUUCCUAAAGAGGAUUUAACUGUGCAGUUAAUCGCCUGUAAUCCCCCUCCAGAUUCGGGGGUUGCCAAAGCACAGCCCAGCCAAAAGUGCUUGUUGUCAGUUCUGUGCAGUGAAUUAUCAAAGGAAUUGUGUAACUGAAAUGCUCCUCUGUGACCCCUGAGAACUUCCUACGAUAACCUUGGCAGUGCUAACUGUGGUCACUGAGGGCUGUGCCAGGAGGUUUCUGGGUGCCAGUUGUUGUGCAGCUCCAGCACUGUAAAUAAAUAGCCCUUUCCUCUCCUCUCCCGAUUUUAUUCUUAUUUGGAUGUCAGUUGCUUAUAAAUGUGAUGAGGUGCAGUUGAGUGUAGAGAGAGGGAAAUCAGGUGACUGAUGCCCAUUUGAAACUGCUUGGGGAGGUUGCUUAACUUUUUGGUGCCUGGCAGCCUGUCUGAACUUGCAGUGGAUGUUCCUUUGGGAAUCUCAAUGUCUGUGGCUUUUUUCUGAAAGGGGGUUAUGUCUAUUGGCUUCUCUUAAAUGACUUACUUUAAAAACAACGUGAAUUUUAAAUCACCAGGUUGGAAGAUGAUAUUAGUCAUCCCUCCUCGGAACUGAUGGGGGGAGUCUGGAUGUCUCUGGGUCAGGUGGGCAAGAUAAGGGCCCAGAAUCCUGUAAUAUAUCCAACUGGAUUUCUGGCUGAGAUGACUAUUUGUCAAGUUCCUGACAUUUUUAAUCCUAAAUUUCAGUACUUCCAAACUGUGCCUGUAAACUUGCCAUGUCUAUAAUGGUGAAGGUGCCAAUAAAUGUACCAAUCAAUCACAGUAAAUUCACUUUUAAAAUAAGAAAAAGGCACCUCUUGUGCUGUAGAAGGAACAUUUCCUAACAGCAGCCUUGUGGUGUAGGACCAAAAUCCCACUGUAUUGUGUCUCACAGGAAUUCCUCAGCGUUUUGCUUUAUGAUCUGUCUGCAUUAACAGAACUAUUGUGGAAUUCUUGUAACUCUCUUAAGUGAGCAGCUCUUUGGGAUCUUGCAGACUCUGUUUAUUUUUUAGUGCUGCACUCGAUUAUUUUUAUUUUUUUUUUAACUCACAGCUGCCUUGAGUGAAUCAUUCUGGAAAUUUGUUACUGAAGAAUUUUAAGAAAAUAUUCUUUUUCUAAAAUACUUUUUUUCCAUAGAAGUGUGUUUUGAACCAAUUUCCUAGUCAACACCUUUGCCAAGACAGGUGCCAUUUUUACAUUCUGGUAUUAAAACUGGUUUCUACUUGUGAAACUCCAAAACCAAUUUUACAGCUGUAUAUAACUUUUCUUACCAGUUCAGGUAUCCUGUAACCGUGGUAAUGGCUCUUGUAAGGUUAUUGCUGCAAAUAACUUCACUGUCAUUGUUGGAUGGCUGUUGUCUGUUGGAUUCAGCUGCUUUUAGAAUAAAUACUGAGGAAUGCCAA